CUUGACUCUUGCCAUCUGUAUUAUUCCAUCUCAUCCACGCUCCGUACAUCCCACCAUUACUCACCAUGUCCAUCUGGUCCGCCGCCCAGGCAAUCUACGGCGCGUACUCGCCCAACGCGGCUGCCGCGGGUAAGAACCGGCGCGCGGCACGCUUUGGCGCGUUUCAGCCGACCAUGCGCCCUCCCGUCCUGCACCGCCGCCCGCGAGACGACAAAGAAGCUCAGCAACUGUACAACCACGUGCGGACGGGUUAGUCGGCGACAGCGCCUUGGAAGCCAACACUGAUGACAGUCGCGUUCUACCUCGACGCCGCGCCCAUGCUUUCUGACCUCGGACUACCGUUCCGCGCGGGCCUCGACGACAUCAUCUCCCUCGUGCCGAUCUGGGGCGACAUCAUCUCGGGCAUCAUGCAGCUGUACCAGGUCUGGCUCGCAUGGAUCUUUGGUGUGCCCGUCGAAGUGUGUGUGCGCAUGAUCAUCAACGUCCUCCUCGACACGGCCGUCGGCAUCAUCCCCUUCGUCGGCGACAUCCUCGACAACCUGUGGAAGGCCAACCUGCGCAACCUCGCGCUGCUCGAAGACUGGCUCCUCACCGCGCCGCAGUACCACAUCCUCCUCAUGCCCGACAGCACGACGUACCUCCCCGAGCCGAAGAAGUCGGGGCGCUGGAACGCAUGGUUCGGGCCCACGGGCAAGCGCGAGGCUGAGGACGAGCUCGAGCGCGAGCGCGCGACCGGGCACAUCAGGCGGACCCGCCGCAUGGCCAAAGACGAGGGCGAGUAUGCGUUCGGCGCCAAGGUGCCUGCUGGGAACCGGACGGCGCCCGACGUCGCGUCAGAGCCUCUCAACUAGCUGCUGCCCGAGCAUUCUCCUGCACGCAAUAGAUCUAGAUGACAUGUCGAGUCCUACUGCUGGAGUGUGUUCAAGUAAGCCACAUUAGGACUGAUUUGAAACUCGGCUUGAUCCGAUACCACGCACAAAAUACUUCCGCCGCGACUGACUUUGAUGUCAACAACCCCCCAUCUCACACAACAACAACCACCACGACCAUGUCCGCCAUCCUCGUACACGCCUCCUCGCUAUCUCUAGCGACGCCGUCGACGUCGACGCCCAUCUCCCUGCCCUCGCGCUUCCCGCGCGCCCCCCCACGCUCCACCUCCGCACCCUCCGGCAACGUCUUCAUCUGGGCCGACGCGCGGCUGUGGGAAUACGACGCGCUGGGGCGGCGCAAAGGCGAGCUCGCGCUCCCCGUCCCGCCGGCCGCGGUGGCAGCGGACGCGCGCGCCCUCGCCGUCGCGCUGCCCGACGAAGUC